UCCCCUUGUAGCGGGGCUCGUCCACUCGGGGUCUGCAGGAAACAGGCUCGUUUCUCCCGCCACGGAACAUGUGAGGAGGAGCGGACACCUCCAGAGACCACCGGGAAUCGAACCGUGUACCGGCAGGCUGUUCCGGCGGGGGGGUCUCGCCCGGACAGGAAGGAGGGAUGCCGGUGGAGAGCGGGAGCAGCGCCGCCGCUCGCCAGGCCAAGACGAAGAGGAAGUCCCACAGUCUGUCCAUCCGCAGGACAAACAGCACGGAGCAGGAGCGCUCCGGCCUGCAGAGAGACAUGCUGGAGGGACAGGACUCCAAACUGCCCCUGUCUCUGAGGAGCAACCUGCUGGACCUGUUCAGCCAGAUCGAGAGGGAGUUUGAAAACCUCUACAUAGAAAACCUGGAGUUACGCAGAGAAAUCGAGACGCUGAACGACCGCCUGGCUCCGGACGGACAAACCUUCGAGGGAGCAGAUUUAGCCAAAGGAGCUCUGAAAACAAAAGCGAGUCACAGCACGAGUCAGCUGUCUCAGAAACUGAAGACCACCUACAAGGCUUCCACCAGCAAAAUUGUUUCCAGUUUCAAGGCGACCACGUCCCGAGCCGUGUGCCAGCUGGUCCGGGAGUACGUGGGCCACAGAGAUGGAAUCUGGGACCUCAGCGUCACCAGGACUCAGCCCGUGGUGCUGGGUACAGCGUCUGCAGACCACACUGCGAUGCUGUGGAGCAUUGAGACUGGGAAGUGCCUCCUCAAGUAUCUGGGCCAUCAAGGAUCAGUCAACUCCAUCAAGUUCCACCCGACUGAGCAGAUGGCUCUAACAGCCUCCGGAGACCAGACCGCUCACAUCUGGAGGUACCAGGUCCAGCUUCCCACUCCACAGCCUGUUGCUGAUAUGAGCCAGCAGACGCCCUGUGAGGACGACGUGGACUUCUCGGAUAAAGACGAGCCCGACGGCGAAGUCGAGGGUCCGAAUGAUUGUCCGUCCGUCCGCGUGGCGACCACGACCCUGCGGAGCCACCAGGGCGUGGUGAUCGCUGCUGAUUGGCUGGUGGGGGGCAAACAGGUGGUGACGGCGUCCUGGGAUCGAGCCGCCAACCUGUACGAUGUGGAGACGUCGGAGCUGGUUCACUCGCUCACUGGCCAUGACCAGGAGCUGACCCACUGCUGCACACACCCCACCCAACGCCUGGUGGUCACCUCGUCCAGAGACACCACCUUCAGACUGUGGGACUUCAGAGAUCCGUCCAUCCACUCUGUCAACGUGUUCCAGGGACACACCGACACGGUGACGUCGGCUGUCUUCACGGUCGGAGACAACGUCGUGUCCGGUAGCGACGACCGAACCGUCAAAGUGUGGGACCUGAAGAACAUGAGGUCGCCCAUAGCAACCAUCCGCACCGACUCGGCUGUCAACAGGAUCAGCGUGUCGGUGAACCAGAGAAUCAUCGCUCUCCCUCACGACAAUCGGCAGGUCCGACUGUUCGACAUGUCGGGGGUGCGGCUGGCUCGCCUCCCGCGGACCAACAGACAGGGUCACCGGCGCAUGGUGUGCUGCUCGGCCUGGUGUGAGGACAACGCCUCCUGCAACCUGUUCAGCUGUGGCUUCGACCGGCAGGCCAUCGGCUGGAACAUCAACAUUCCCGCCCUGCUGCAGGAGAAGUGACCUCCUGCUGUGCGCUCGCAGUGACACUCCGACCAAAGACAGAUGCUCCAUGCCACCUGGGAGGGAACCAACAGUCUGGAAAUCACCACCACUGAUAUAAACCCGAACGCAACUGUUUGUUUUCUGUGUGUUGAGGCGAUUCAUCGACGUGAGAAAACAGAAACAAAACCCAAACUGGUGAAAAAAGCACAGAGUUCUAACAGGAGAGGAAGUGAGGCGCUGCACAUCCCCUGCUUGAAGCUAAUUUAACCUGUUAGACAAAUAAUCUUCAAGUUUGGCAGAAAAAUCCACUAGUUUAAUUAGUUAUGGGUCGUUUAUACCUGGAGUUAAUAUUUGAUUAGCUUGUUGAUUUGAACUUUAACACCUGAGAUCCACAGCGUCACAUCUAUAAUCCACAUUAUCCUAAGAAAAGCUUUUAGACGUGUUGUUGUGUUUGGUCAGGUGACAGUUAGUUGUGUCUCCUGCUCAGUGUGAAGACGUCUGACUGAGCGAGUAAUGCACCUUUUAGAAAAAAUACCAGACCCUGUUUUAGAAAAGAUAACUUCAGCUUCUGAACGUAGGACGAGGGGAGAGUUCUACUUUUCUCCUUUAACGUGAAAUUUGUCUGGUUCUUCUUCUGUGGUGACUUGGAAAAGAUCGAACAAGAUGUUUGUUAGGUAAUUUAGACUGUAACCUCCUCCCGUUGUACAAAAAUAUAACCAAAAUGUCAGGGUACCGCCAUCUUGUGCUCUCUGACGUCAUGUGGAGGCGGAGUCUGUGCAGGAGGGAGCUUCGGUAUCGAGGUCUCGACCAAUCACCACGUCUCAGCACCUUUUAUACCAUCAAAUAACCAGUUGAAACC